AUGGGUGACAAUCCAAAACGAAUCUCCUUCAUCAAUACUCCCGAGAAUAUCGGACCGGCAAUCAUCUUCGAGAACUUCCUCGCACAGGAAGUGCACAUCACCGUGGAGCCAGAUGUCAAUGAGCCGGGCAAGGACUGCUGGCAUCAGCCAGCGUACCCGCUAGAUCUCACACCCCUUGAUCCUCCACUGGGCAAGCCUUAUCCCGGGAGCAUCAAGACCAUGAUCUGCAAAGACGGGGCUCGCCCAAAGCACAUCGGUAUCCCCGGAGUCGUCGAAAAGAGAAUCCAAACAAUCAUCUUGCACAACGAGCACCGCCGGUACCUUGACACGGCGGCAUUUCCCAACCUGCGAGCGAUCGUGUGCAGGGAGGACGACGACAUCUACGCGGCCACCCACCUGGACCGCGCGGGAUGCGAUCUCUCUGACCGCUUCACGACCGAAUGCGCCAUCUACCGCCAACAAGCCGAGAUCCACCGCCAGAUCAUGCCGCAGCUCCCCGGGUGGAUGCAGGCCCUCGUCCUCGACCCAGCGAGCAAAGUCGAGCUCUCGAUCCGCAUCACGCUCGACUUCCGCUCCCCGGAGGAGGAGUCGCCCGCAAGCUUCUACUGGGACGGAGAGCAGAUCAGGGAAGUCGAACAGCCUUCCUGGUUCGUGCCCCUGUGCAUCCUGUAUUCCUGGAGGGCGGGGCGGUCGUACUGGACCCUUCAACCGCCCAGGGACGUCGGCUUGGUGUUUCACGCAGCGAGCGGCGGCAAGGGCGAUCAAGAGUGA